GAAUGCUAAGGCUGUCUGAACCAAGCCAGUGCUAUAAAUAUACACAUGUCAAUGCUUCAAUACAAGUGCAUGUGAAGCUCAAAGAAUUAAGAGAGAAAGAGAAAGAGAAAUGGAGAGGGUAGAGCAGCAACAGCAAUUGAAUGAUAAACUGCCAACUAAUUCAUGGGGAGGAUCCAGCAACCGUAUAGCUGCUCUCAGUUUAGAUGAAAAGCCACAGUCUUGCAUUGAUCAAGGCAACACUUCUCCCGAGAAACCUGGGUGGAGGAAGUUCUUAUCAUAUGUAGGACCUGGUUUCUUGGUUUCCUUGGCUUAUCUUGAUCCUGGCAACUUGGAAACCGAUCUCCAAGCAGGAGCUAACCAUGGAUAUGAGCUGCUGUGGGUUAUACUCAUUGGACUUAUUUUUGCUCUCAUAAUCCAAUCACUCGCAGCAAAUCUUGGUGUCAGCACUGGAAAGCAUCUGUCAGAAUUAUGCAAAGCUGAGUAUCCAAAAUACGUUAAAUAUUGCCUGUGGUUGCUGGCUGAGAUAGCAGUCAUAGCUGCCGAUAUACCCGAAGUGAUCGGGACAGCUUUUGCACUGAACAUAUUAUUCGACAUCCCAGUGUGGGUUGGAGUUCUCUGUACUGGUGUUAGUACUCUCCUCUUCCUUGGCCUGCAGAGAUAUGGGGUAAGGAAGCUUGAAAUGUUGAUAGCAACGCUAGUGUUUGUGAUGGCCGCUUGCUUCUUUGGUGAAAUGAGCCACGUAAAACCUCCUGCAUCUGGUGUCAUCAAAGGCAUGUUUGUCCCCAAGCUCUCUGGCCAGGGGGCCACCGGUGACGCCAUUGCCCUACUCGGUGCCCUUGUCAUGCCACACAACCUAUUUCUUCACUCAGCUCUCGUGCUUUCUAGAAAAGUCCCCAACUCUGUCCGGGGCAUCAACGAUGCCUGUCGUUAUUUCCUGAUAGAGAGUGGAUUUGCAUUGUUUAUAGCAUUUUUAAUAAACGUUGCGGUUGUAUCUGUCUCUGGAACGGUUUGCACAGUCCAAAACCUGACACAAAAGGAUGCAGAUCGGUGUAGCGAUCUCACCCUCAAUUCUGCUUCUUUCCUUCUUCAGAAUGUAUUGGGAAAAUCAAGCUCCACACUCUAUGCUAUUGCCUUAUUAGCCUCAGGGCAAAGCUCUACUAUAACAGGCACAUAUGCAGGACAAUAUAUCAUGCAGGGUUUCUUGGAUCUCAAGAUGAGAAAAUGGAUUAGAAACCUAAUGACUAGAUGUGUUGCCAUUGCACCUAGUCUUAUUGUCUCAAUUAUUGGUGGAUCACAAGGAGCAGGUCGAUUAAUCAUCAUUGCAUCGAUGAUACUCUCAUUUGAACUUCCAUUUGCUCUUAUCCCCCUUCUCAAAUUCAGCAGCAGCUCUACCAAGAUGGGACCGCACAAGAACUCAAUUAUUAUUAUUGUGAUUUCAUGGAUUUUGGGUCUAGGAAUCAUUGGCAUAAACAUAUAUUACCUAAGCACAGGCUUUGUGGGUUGGCUGAUUGACAACAAUUUACCAAAAGUUGGGAAUGUGUUCAUUGGGAUCAUAGUGUUCCCUCUAAUGGCAAUCUAUGUUCUUGCAGUCGUCUAUCUAACCUUUAGAAAGGACACUGUAGUUACAUUCAUUGAGCCAAUGAAGGAUGACCCAACAGCAGUCCAAGCUAACAUGGAACAAGGGCUACCCAAAUCUAACGAGCCAUCAGUGAUGGACCGCUUGCCUUACAGAGAGGAUUUAGCUGAUAUCCCUCUGCCACCGUAGAGUUAAAAAAAGAUUAAAUUAUUAGAUAAGGCCGUUCCAUAGUUCCCAUUUCUCACAAUGAUAUUAGAAUCUCUAUAUAAUGAGACGUUUAUUUGGUAGAGAAAAGAGUCCACCUUUGGUCUUAUCCGAUAAUUUUCUUCAAGUUAAGAUGACAUCAAACCUUUUAGUUUUAAUUUGACAAAAUUAAACCCUUUUGAGCA